GCUGGGAGUUGGAGUUUCCGCCAGGGGGUGGGGACAACCAUCUGACUGGUUGAAAUGUGAGUGGCGGGCCGUAGUCAGACCAAUGGCCCUGCGAGGUGUGCUGAGCGGCAAGGCUCUCGGCCAAUGCGAAGUGGAUGGGCGGCCUGGCGGGUGAACGCGCGCGGGUUGGAACGCGCGGGACCGUUGGUGGCCGUGAUGGAGGCGGCGCUGAGGUGCUCGGCUGAUAACAUGGAAGCUGUGAGCUCACAGAAGAAGAGUCAGAACCCCGCUCAGACUGCCUUUGAGACUCCUGUGAAAAGAAAGGAUCCGGGUUUUGCUGAAAGCCUCAAGAAAUCGAGAGCUCGUUGGUUUUCUUCUCAGAUCAAAUGGUCACCUGGCUCCAGCGAUGAGGAAAGUGGAGCUGUCUCUGUGAAGCCAGCACCACUGAGGAGGUUGGAUGUGUCCCCACUGCAGGCUGCCAGCAUCCCCACUGCUGCACGCAGGGAGUUUUCCUCCCAGUUAUCCCCUAAGCCUGCUGCCUCGUACCAGCCCAUCGUGCCUGUGCUGUCUUUUUAUAGCAAGGAAAAGCAAUACCUUACUAUUCUAGAGAGGAAACAGCUGAGUGAGAACGGAGCUUCUGGGGAGAGGGGCAGUUGUAAGAGUCCCCUGGCUGCCAGCAGGACUGAGAAAGUUAAUGUGAAUGUCAGGAACACGAGUUCGAAGCCAGCCAGGCCUGCAGCUGGUUCCAAGCAUGGCAAAACUGCCCCCAAAGUCCUUAAGAAGCUGAAAGCAGAUGUACCCCCUAAAAAACCUAGUGUGGGGAAAGAGAAUACUCCUUGUUUAAUUAAGAAGAAGAUGGAUUCACCCUUCAGAGUUCUCAGCAUGACAGUGAAACCAGCUCUGAGGCUUCAGUUGGGAGCAGCAUUCUUUUCUGCCAGCAAGAAGUCACACUCGAAGAAACCACCCUUAGACCUUAAGCCACUCCAGAGCCCCCCCAGGUCUCAUUCUGCUGAUGCCAGCAAAAGCCUCGAGGCAGACACUGCACAAAGAAGUACUUCUGUGCCUCAGAAGAGAGAAAACAACAACAAAGAGAACUUUCCACGUUGCGUAAAUCAAGAGAGAAAUACCACACAGGAAGGAAAGGUGUCUCUGCAGCAAAGUGCAGGCAGCACUGUUGUUGCUUCUCAUCCUUCUGAGACUGCAGAGUGCAGCCAUGCAGGGAGCACGGGUGGUGGUGAGAUUAGUUCUUCCACAACAUGCGAGUCAGAUGAUUGCAUUCCUUCCAGCCAAUCUCCACACGAAGGGAGUAAGAAGGCAUCUUCGAAUGCCCUUGUCUACCCCAUAUUCAGUGGGCCCCCUACCAGCAAGAAGAGGUGCAAAAGACAAGACAGAAGUUGUAACAGAAAUGGGGCGCUGGAUGAACUGAGUUCUCCAUUUGGAUCCAGUCCACCUGCAAAAAUGCCACACGGUGUGCAGAAAAGCAAGAAAGCAAGAGAACUCUGCAAGCAGUCCAACAAUCAGAUGAUCAUUGAUGCCGGACAGAAGCAUUUUGGUACUGUUGCCUGCAAGUCAUGUGGCAUGAUCUACACAGCUGCCAGCCCUGAGGACGAAGCCCAGCACAUCCAGUACCACGAGAGAUUCCUCGAGUGCCUCAGAUACGUGUGUUGGAAGAAAGAACGGGUUGUGGCAGAGUUCUGGGAUGGGAAAAUCGUAUUGAUUCUUCCAGAUGACCCAAAAUAUGCAGUCAAGAAGGCAGAAGACGUGCGGGAGAUCGUAGAUAAUGAACUGGGCUUCAAGCAAGUUGCCUUGAGUUGCCCAGCCAAGACUAAAACCUACUUGUUUGUGUCCAACGAGAAGAUGAUCGUUGGGUGCCUGGUGGCUGAAUCAAUCAAACAGGCUUUCCGGGUGCUGUCUGAGCCCAGCACUACUCAGAGCCCUGGGCAGGAUGCCCUGCAGCAGCACCGGGCGUGGCGCUGCUCCACGGCGCCGGAGCCUGCAGUGUGUGGUGUCAGCAGGAUCUGGGUGUUUGGCCCCGCACGCAGGAGGGGCAUCGCACGGCGCCUGGUGGACGUGGUCAGGAGCACAUUCAUGUAUGGCAGCUACCUGAGCACUGAGGAAAUUGCCUUCUCUGACCCCACACCAGAUGGCAAACAGUUUGCAACCGAAUACUGCCAAACACCCACCUUCCUCGUCUACAACUUUGUUUAUGGCAACUGACUGGACUUGAUUACCACUAGCUGUGAGUAGUUCAAAUCAUUUACAAUGACUGUGUUGCUUUUAAAGUAACACUUUAAUGUUAGGGCCUGGUGAACUCUGGCUUCCUGCUGAGCACUCCUUUUUCCUGCACUUGUGGGAAGGCCACACCUUCUGUACACUGGUGGUGGAUGCUGUGAACGCAAGGAAGCUUGCUUGGAUUGCAGAUAAUUUUCUCUCUAAAUCUAAGUUUUAUUACAAAUAACUUUAUUUCUUUAAGAGUUUGAAUUAAUAUAAAGCUGAUUGUUUCUCCCCCUGGCUGUGGGGGUGUUUGAACUCUCCAUGCGUGUACUGGGGAACACCAGGCAGCAUCCUGGGGGGUGUGGGGGGUUUGAUGUGCACUGUUGUGAGAAAGCUGCUUGGAACUACCUGCUGAAUGUGCAGGAGCUGAAUGUAAAGGGCUGGGGCAGAGGCAGUGGUGGGAAGCUGUCCCUAAAUUUGUGCAUACAGAAGUGUGACGUGUUACAAUGAGAACAUGGGGCAGGAUUUCCCUCAGCCUCCAGUGCACAAGGUCUGGAACCUUUGAAGUGUUGUGCUGCAGAGUUUGCUUGUUCAAUAAACUGUUCAAAAUGCU